AUGGAGUUCAACCACCCCAAUUCUGUUUCUGACGCCCUGGUUCUGCUUUCACCCACUACGAUACGGAACCAUGCUCUUCGGCGUCGUGGCACAGUAUAUAUAAAUUGUUAUCUCAAGAGGCCGUUUGAGGAAUGUGAGCCCAGUCUUCUACCAAGUGUGGUGGUGAGAUAUGAUUCAGAAUCAGUAUCCAAUGAGGCCCAGAAAGAAUUCUGGGUGGAUGUAACUUCUAUUUUCCUUACCAAUGCCUUGGGUGAAAAUUCUGAAGAUGCCCAUCGUGUCUUACUCCCUGUGGAAUCUUUGGCUCAUGCUUUAGCGUUCAAGGUCCUCACCCGUGCUUUCCAUGCCGGAAGCACAGAUGCAAUGCAGACUGAUCAAAUGGUGACUGAGGGUUUGGCAAAAGAGUUGAGUGCAGUUUAUCAUUUGAUGGACCCUGACGGGAUUUUUGGAAUACCACCCAGAGUCAAAUCAGUUUUUGAUCUCACGGAAAACAUGAUGUAUGAUGACUCCGGUAGGAACUUUGGAAAUAUACGAGAUCAAGCCCGAUACCCACUUGCUUCUAUAGAGGGGCAGGCAGCUCUAAAUCCUCCGUCUGAAGAUGAUGAACAUGAUCCUUUUGAAGAUGAUCCUAUUGGAGAUGAACUCAUCAAGGACUGCGAUUUCCUCUGGAUUUCGUGUUACUUUCGGAGGCGUGUCUCUGCUUCCAACCCCACUCCUGAACCAUAUACGUUGGUACAAUAUGAUCCGGCAUCAACAACCACUCAGGCUCAGCUCGAAUGGCGCUUGCAAGUAAUCUCUGACUUUCUUGGUAAUCCGGCGACCAACGUUACUGAAAAUACCAGGCAAAUCUCACUUGGCCCAGAUUCCUCUGCUUGUCUCAGGGUUCUCCGUGACUUUUCAACCUGUUCAUUGGAUAGACUCACAGAUGCACAAGCACGUCAGAUUGAUAAAAGAUUGACUGAUGGUCUGGUGCAAGAGUUAAGUGAGUACUACAUAGGGAGAAACCCUGAGAAACGUUAUGGUCCUUCACCGGUGGUUGAUUCAUUAUUUGCUCUGGAGGAAAUCCUCCCUGAUCUGCGCGCCGCACUGAACCGUCAAAGUCAAACUCAUGGUUGA